AUGAAUGUAAAUAAUAUCGCAGAAGAUCGUUUAGCUCCUGCUCUAGAUGUUAUUGAAAGUCCACGGAAAAGAAUGCGCGUGGAUAAUUCCUCCCGCAAAAGCUGGAGUUUGAUGGACAGAAGAACUGAUUCUGAUGUACUCAAUGAAAUGGGUGUGAGUUUAUUGGAUCCGGAGGAAGAGCACGCAGAGCAUAACGUGCAGAAAUCAUUGAAAAGGAAACACGAUAUAGAGAAUGUUAAUCCUAAUGUAAAUAGUGUGAACCGAGGAAGAUUCAGUCCGAGGUCACCGAUUAAAAUGAGCCCUGGACCUUCUAAAAUAUUGAUCAGGAGUCCAAGAAGCUGUGAUAAGGUUAAAUCAGAUCUUGAUUCAUCACUGCCACUCACAUAUGUAAACGAUGAAGAAACGCCUCUAGGCCAAUCAGUGGCUGUCUCUUGUAAACAUGCAGCCAAACCUCACAAUAACACCAGCAAGAAGGAAAGCUAUUUCGAUUUGGCCCCCCCCGUCGCCAGCCCCCCCGCGCACGGAGGUGACUCCUUCCUCUCUUUAUCAGACGAGGUGGUGCUAUCAGUGAUGCGCUGGCUGCCCAAGAGGACGCUCGCUCACUGUAUGCUGGUCUGCAAACGAUGGCGUCGUAUAGCGUCCGAUGAGACCCUGUGGACCCGUCUGGACCUCGGGAACAAGACCCUCGCUGCGGGGGCCUUGGGGAAAGUUGUUAAUAGGACACCUAUAGUACUACGGCUUGCGGGGAGCGAGAUAGGUGAAUGGCACCCCGAUUCUCCACCAGUACAAACAAGAAUUCAGUAUCUGGACUUGAGCAUGUGCACCAUAGACUAUAGAACUCUUGAGAGUUUGCUCAGUAGAUGCUCAGGACUCAAGAAAUUGAGUCUGGAGAAUGUUAAACUGAGCGAAUAUAGCCAGGAGCUGAUUGGUAAAUGCAGUGGUCUUGAAACUUUAAACCUCGCUAUGGCACAAGGAAUCACAGCUACAGGCCUUACACACAUACUAGACGGAUGUCCCGGGUUGUCGUCUUUGAAUAUCUCCUGGUGUAACCUAAGCGAGGCGUCGCUCGAGGUUUUAGUCACAAGGCUGCCACAGAAGCUGAGUCGACUUAAUAUAAGCGGAGCUCGAUGUAUGACGGAUGAGAACGUGCAGCUCCUGUCCCGCCGCUGCCCGCGCCUCUUAGAGCUCGACGUAUCAGACUGUUCCCGCCUGUCCGCCUGUUCGUUGUCCUCGCUACUAGUACUCGCGCGGCUCGAACACUUGGCCCUCAGUCGGUGCUACCUGCUGCCGCCGCACGCGCUCACGUAUCUGUCCCGCAUGUCGUCGCUCCAGUUCGUGGAGGUGUGGGGCACGCUGCAGCACGCGUCGCUGGCCGCGCUGCGGGCGGCCCUACCCGCGGUCACCAUCAACCAGUUCAUGUUUAGCGCCAUCGCACGUCCAACGGUCGGCACUCGACGAACUUCAGUAUGGGGCCUAAGAACUAGAGACUGA